GCUCCUCCAGACCAGCAGAUCUUCGUCAGUUCUUCGGGGUGAACAGAUCCUUGUUUGGGGCGGUCCGGUGUCUCGGUGUCUCUGUGUCUCGGUGUCUCAGUGGACAUGUGGGGCAACAGUUGUUCUGACUUCAUCCUGGUACCAAGCUGAUGUUUUUCAACACAAAGUAUGAAGAAGCCUAAACUGAUCCGAGAAACGGAAGCAAGUUUCAUCAGAAGUGAGCGGCUCCCGGAUGGCUGGAUGUGAUCCGGACUUGGGCUGCGGGGUUCUGGCUCUGGCUCUGGCUCUGGUUCUGGUUCUGGCUCUGGCUCUGGUUCUGGCUCUGGCUCUGGUUCUGGCUCUGGUUCUGGAUCUGGAGGGAGACUCCUCUGGUUUGCUGCAGUCAGAGGAGGUCGGUUGUGUCAGUGAAAUGAGUUGAUCAGUGCGCUGAACGCUGCAGCCCGAUUAGACUGACGCUCCAACCACAGAUAGCCCGGCUCGGCACGGCUCGGCACGGCUCGGCACGGCAGUCCACGGCGGUCCAUUGUUUAAGAUUCUUGACCUAUGGGCCGGCCUCGAGCGCCACCUUGAGGGCCUCAAAAGAACAACAAUUUUAAACUUUGGGCCACAGAGGGCCGUGGGACCACAUCGAUUUUGAAUAAGACCUCUGUAAAGUGUGACCAGGACCAGCAGCUGGGGGACCACCGGUGCCAUGAAGACUCAGAAGUGCAAAGGGGUCGCACCAACUUUGCCCCUCUGCAGAGGGAAAUCUCGUUUCCACUUACGAGGCAGGAGGAAAAAGGACAGGGUGAUUCAGGGCAGGCUUCGCAUUCGCUCCUUGCCCGGAGCGUUCCUCGUCCUGGGGGUGGUGGUGGUGGCCGUGGGCACCGCUCUGGCUGUAGCUGGGUACUGGCCCUACAGGCCGUCAAGAUCGUCCAUCCUGGAAGCUCCCGAGGAGGAGCAGACCCACAAGUCGCAGGCCUCUGGUUGGAGUCCCGACGCUAAGGGGUUCCUGUCCACGGCCGGCCUCCUCCACGGUGAGCGUAUGAAGCUGCUGGGCCCGGUCAUCAUGGGGGUGGGACUCUUCAUCCUCAUAUGUGCCAACACAGUUCUGUACGAGAACAGGGACAGGGAGACUCAGAUGCUGCUGGCUCAGAUGCAUAACGUUAUCUGCUCCGUGUCUGCGGCCGUGCCCUCUGCAGGCCUCAGGGACGCGGCAGCAGCCAGCUCCGUGUCCAAACGGUACCAGUGGGUGAGCAGCCUGCCUGCUGCUCAGCUCAACAUCAUGUGUGUGCAGCAGCUGACCAGCUCUGAACCUCUGCUCCAGACCAGGUACACCACAGACCCGAAGGACAGGGGGGACGAACCCUACCAGCAAGCUGUUCUCCAGACUGAAGCGCUCCACCACCAGGAGUCAGAACCAGCAGCCUCACUGUCUUCCUCCUGCUCUGACUCGUGUAAGAACCACCCAGCAGAUCCACAGACAGGCUGCAGUUUACCAGCUCCCCCCCUCAACGUCAGCCUGCUGUCCUCCAGCUCCAUGUCCAAUCUCAGGGUAGAAGAAACGGAGGUCCCGGCUGCCCAGCCGAGGCGCUGCCACAGCAUGAGCCACAGGACUCGUCCUUACAAAACUCAAACCGGGGCGAGUCCACAGGCGGGACUACGUCCAGUCCAGACAGAUCCACUCAAAGUUCCCAGAGGAGAGACUGGUUCCCAGGUUUGUGUGAACAUCCCAGGACCGUUUGCUGAUGCCAUGAAGGAGCUGAGCCGUCAAAGCUGGCCUCGGUUAGACCUGGGGGGUGGGAGGCGAUACUUAAAACUGGAGAACAAAGAGGACUCUGUGGAUAAACUGCUGGACCAGUUGGAGCAACAGUAUUCUUCCUGUGAGAAGAGUUUUGGCUCCGGGCCUUUCCAAUGAUACAUGUUACUGACAGAACUAAGAGGAAAAUAUAUUUUCUAGUGUUUGUUUUGACUUUUCUGUGGGACAGAACAAUUGAAGACACAGUAUUAGUAUACAUUGAGGUAUUUUACAAAACGUAUGCCCUUUCUUAAUCUUCCAUUGGAAAUCAACAGGCUGGGCUUCAUUGGCCACAUUUUGCUGAUGUUUUAUAAUAAUUUUAAGAAAUAACUCUGUCACAGCUGAGGAAAGCGAGGUCACAUAUUGCAUUUUUGCAGUUUGAAUGGGCGACGAUGCAAGAAAUCUAGUGUCGUGUUGAAAAAGAUAUGCCUGUUCCCCGGACACAGUGUGCACAGCUCCAUAACGAAGAGACAGAUAGGUGCAAGAGGAUAAAGGGUUUUUUUUUUUGUAUGGUGUUAACAUUUCU